AUGGACGGCUCCUGUUCGGGGCAGAGCUCUGCUCCGGAGGCGGCUUCAGGCACCAACAGCAGCUGGACCGGCGGCGCGGGAGGCGGCGCGGGGAGGCGCGCGCAGCCGCUGCUGGAGCUCCUCGUGGUGCUCAUGUGUGUGGGAGCCGUGGCAGGUAAUACUCUUGUCAUCGUGAUUGUGGCUGCAACAAAGACGCUCCACUCGGUGACGUCGGUGCUGAUCAUGAACCUGGCAAUCAGCGACCUUCUGGUGGGCGUAGGGGUCAUGCCUUUUGUUGCCGUGUCCAUCCUGAACUAUGGAUGGUUGGAUUUUACAGGUCUCUGUUGGUACGUGGGUUACUCCUCCUCUGUGUACUGCACAGCCUCUGUGCUCACCCUGGCCGCCAUUGCUCUCGACCGCUACCACUCCAUCAUGGACUGCCUGCGAUAUAGCUCCCGCUGCACCAUGUGGAGGACUUCUGCUGUGGUCCUGUGGAUCUGGCUGCAGGCCCUGGCCACCAGUUGCCCCCCCCUGCUGGGAUGGAGCUCCAUCAGAUACGUGGCUCCCAUGUACACCUGUGCGAUCGACUGGGCCGCCAGUCCCGGCUACACCGCCUUCGCCGCCGUGCUCUCCUACCUCUUACCCGCAUUGGUCAUUCUGUUCUGCUACGCCAAGAUUGUCCAGGUGGCCCGGAGCCACGCCCGGAGGAUUCACACCCUGGAGAACUCUGUCCAGCGCUGCAGGGGUCCCAGCUCUGCCUUGGGCGCUGGCGGGUGCCUGCACUGCCCGUCCAGACUCAUUUAUCAUGUCAGCGGACAGUUUGUGUCGAGAGCAAACGCAGAGGGAGGGAGUUUCAUCAACUCUGAUGUUGCUGAUGCUGCAACAGAGGAGAGCAGCACUGCGUCCAGAAGGUUCUUCUCCUUCCUGGCACAGGGUGUGCCUCUGCAGAACCACCACGGAGUGACGCGCCUUUUCAUGGUCAUCUUCGCUUUCCUCCUCUGCUGGACACCUUACAUAAGCGUGGCCCUGGUUCAGGCCACAGAAACGGCCAUUUCUGGCCAGUCCACCCUGAUUCCCUCCUCCGCUGUUACCUUCUCCUACUGGCUGGUGCUGCUGAACUCUGACCUCAAUCCUCUGCUGUAUGCUCUGCUCAGCAAGCGUUUCCAGAACGCUCUGCAGGGACUCAGAGCAAAAGUACGAGCUCAUGUGGGGAGCAUGGUGGGGAACAGCAGGCAGAUCAACAAGGAAGGAGAUGACAGCAGGUGUAACGACCCCCGCACCCCGACCACCAGCCGCCCCUGUCCACCUUCCAGCUCCGAGAGUUUGACCUCUGAUAACUCCAAGUACUCCUCCUCCAUCUUCACUGUCGGCACUGACCUGCAGGGCCAUCUAUGCGAAGUCUGUCAUCCUGGAAAUAUUUCAUCCCACCAAUAUGCUGGCGGUGACUUACUGCAAGUCCCUGCUCAGCCACAAGAUGGCAGCAGAUUACCUCUUUCUGCUGCGACGGAGGAGCGUCAGGCCACUUUCUUCUACGGUCAGAUCACCGUGAGAGUCGAGCAUGAUGUCUGAAAGAUGCUGGGGCCUCA